AGAAGCUGUGAAAGAGGAAGUAUGAGCACUACUUAGGGGCUAAACCAGACCACUCUAUGUUAAAUGCCAUCAUCAACACUGAGGAGAACUUCAGCAGAAACCUUUCCAGAACAGCAUCAUGAUCGUCUCCGUGCUUUUGCUAGUCACGCUGCUACCAUAUCCAACCCUUCCAUCAUCUGUGAAUGUGGGUAUAGUGAACGGCACAGAAGCCAUACGUCAUUCAAGACCCUACAUGGUUUCUAUACAAAAAAAUAACAAACACAUAUGCGGUGGCUUCCUUGUGUCUGAACAGUUUGUCAUGACGGCUGCACACUGCUAUAAAGCAGGAGAGAUACUGACAGUAGUGGUUGGAGCUCAUGAUCUCAAAAAUGGUUCUCGCAUGGCUGUCAAGUUCUACCACAUCCACCCAGGGUAUGAGUCUAAAAGUCUACUAAAUGACAUCAUGCUACUUCAGCUACAUGUAAAGGUCAAAGAGAGCAAAAAAGUCAACUGGAUCUCCAUACCAAAGAAAGAUAAGGACAUCAAAGCCAAUACCAAAUGCAGUGUUGCAGGAUGGGGAAGAAAAACCACCGAUGGUACAGCGAGUGCUAAACUUAUGGAGGUGGAUGUCACAAUCAUUGAUAAAAAAGCAUGUCAGAAGUACUGGGGGAAAACAUACUCCACCUCAAGGAUGGUGUGUGCAGGUGGUCGUGGAGGAUUCUGUCAGGGUGAUUCUGGAGGACCUUUGGUGUGCAACAAAGUUGCAGUUGGUGUCGUUUCAUUCACUCAGAAAAACAACUGUGACUUCCCUACACUACCCAAUGUCUACACCAGGAUUUCCAAAUAUGUGCCUUGGAUAAAUUGUGUUUUUGGAGCUGUGAAGCAAGAGCUUGAUUAAUAAAUAUUUUAUUUUCUAACGACA